CUGCUUAGCGAGACGGGGCGGGAGUGUGAGCGCGAGUAGGGGAGAAGCAUGGGAGCGUGCGCGACGAAGCCCAUGGCGCAGGGUGACGCGCCCCCGCCGAUGGAGCCGGAUCCCCAGGUGGAGGAUGGCGGCGGAGGGCAGGAGGUCGAGCAGGGGCCGGGCCCGGCGCCGGAUGACAACCGCCGGAGAUCUCUCGGCGAGCUGUUCAAGAACGAAGAGGUGAUCAGAUCCUCUGAGACUGAUAAGAAUGUCGUCUCAGAGACUGUUACACCAGAACCUAUGGAAGUGAAGGAAGAAGUAAUUGACAACAAAGCAAUCGAUGAGGCUGUACUGCAUGAAGCAGACAAGCAACCCACCGAGGUACCUAAAGCCGAAGCAGAAGCUGCUGAAGCUAUCUCAAACUCGACCCCACAGGAGACGUCUGUUCUUCCUCCGGCAUCGGAUUCUGAAGUAAUCACAGCAGAUGUGGAACCACUGGGUUCAGAAGUGAAAGCCCAAUUGGAUACUGGCAAGGUGGAGGCUGUGGAAUCUAGCCCGACGGAAGGAGGUCCAGCUGCCUUGGAGAAGAAAGAUGUGUGAAGGCUUGUUUAAUGUAUCGAUGUUGCAUGUAGCUGCUGCAUCUCACCGUCUGUUGUCUGUUCAGUUGUGUUCUUUUCUUCUGAUUCGAAUCUCGAUUGCAUUGUAAAAUUCAUUGUUGUUAUUAUUUAUUUCGCCUUCUCGCUUUCCGUAGUAAAAAAAGGCUAUUCUCAUAUGUAUCACGAUACGACCUUUAUAAUUAAUUCUUGUAAAUUUUCCUGGUUGAGGAGAAGGAA